AUGGUCGCCACAUUUAUCGAUAUCAAUCCCCGGACGCCACUAUUGAAGCAACUGGAGGAGGCACCGGAAGCGGGCUACUGUGUGCUUGUCAACACGUUCCAUAUUCCAGCUGGCAAGAUGGAUGAAGCGUUUGCUGCGUGGAAGAUUGAUGCCGAAAUGGCAAAGCGGCAGCCGGGAUUUAUUUCCACCCAACUUCAUCGCGGUGUCAAUGGAAGCGACAUGAUGCUGAACUAUACGAUCUGGGAGUCUACCGCCGCGUUGAAGGCCUACUACGAUCUACCCGAGUUCAAAGAGUCUCUCAAGAACUACCCAGAUGGAACUGAGAGUCGAAUUGUCCUCUACCGCAAACAACACAUUGGCGGUAUUUGUCUUUCCUAG